CUACAAAAUGGCGGCAUCAGAGGUGUCGGCUCGGCCACAUGCUGUGCUUCUUUGAUAAGGCCAUUUGUUGCAGGACAAAGAGUUUCAGUUUAAGAGAGGUUUAGGCCCCGUCCACACCACAAGAUAUUUUGAAAACGACCCCCCCCCCCCCAUUUUCCUCAGCAGGGGGGCCUGAAACUUCUCCGUAAUGAUGGAUUCAUUGGAAAGAUGCAUCUAACUGUAGAAACACUGAUGUACCUAUUCCCGGCCUAUAUGUGGCGCUGUUUUCUGCUACAGAACUACUCUAAAAAAGAAGAAGAAGAGGCGGAGCAUACAUAUACUCGUAGAAGAAGAAGCCGAACAACAACAACAGUACGAAGAUGGCGAGUGAGAAGGGAAAUGUAGACUCCUUUGUUUGGUCCGAUUCUGAGUGAGAAAUGUUGUUGCGACUCGCACUGGGCUACAAGGCGACGAAGCUUCAAGAAAAUGUGGACCGGGAGUCUUGGCAGUCUAAAUAUGUGGACUUGGUUAAAGCAUUUCGGGAUACAAGUUGGCUCCCCAGUAUCCAAGGGAGCCAACAGAUAACUUCCCUCAUGAUGGCAACGCCAUUACGAAGACCCAGGUCACCACGAAAUUAUAAAAUAUCCGUAGCAAAUGCUGACGGGCCGUGGACACAGGGCGUCGAAGUGGCCAAGGACGAGUGGUCAUGGUUUUUUAUGAGCAUUGCCAUGAGAUCUGGCGCGGCUCACCGGCAACGCGCUGCAUAGACUCGGCAAUCGAGACGGGUGACCUGUUGGACUCAAGGUCGUCGUCCGAGCGCUUGACACCGACAAUGGAGCUCCCUGGGUUGCCAUCGCCAUCGCCACAUUCGGUGGAAUCUCUCGAAUGUCUUCCUCCUGCCGUUGUGAAACAGCGCCGUGAUUUGCUCCAGGCAAAGCUGGACAGCCACAGAGGGGAUCGGCUGAAGAGGAAAGCUUGGGCUGACCCGGUGGCGGAGGAGGAUCUACAACUCAAGAGGAGGCUGCUGGAGCUGGCUGAGGAGUCAACAAGGAUCUACUCUGAGAGCACGGGGCAGAUAAACACCUACAUUGCCAACAUCUGCAGCACCAUCAAUGAUGGCUUUGCCCUGAUGAAGGAAAUGAUGUACCAACCCCCACAACAGCAGCAGUUUGUACAUCCCCACAGCAACACUGGACAGUACCAUGGGCACCCGCCAUCAUACAUGAACACAACACCGCACCCCACUACACCAGCCUUCCUUCACACACCUAGGCACAAUCAGCCUGCGUACAACACACCUACACCAACACGUUCCCCAGAGAAUGAAACCACGUUUUCAUUCAGACGAGCAUUGCUGCAACAAAAUGAUGCUGAGUGACUGCACUGUGCUUGACUUUGGUUUGCACAUUGUGUUUCUUGUAAAUAGUGUGUGUGUGUGUGUGUCUGUCUCCUGAGGACAGAUAUUUUGUACCUUUGCACAUUUUAAAAUCUUUACAAACACAUUGUGUUUCUUGUUUAUAGUUUGUGUUUACUUUUAAAUAAAAACAAAAGAUUUCUGAAAGUGAUU